AUUGUUAUCAAGAUAUCCGUCAAAUGCGAAAAAUGCAGGAAAAAGGCGAUGAAGGUUGCAGCCGCUGCACAUGGCGUGAUGUCAGUGGCGAUACAAGGGGAUUCCAAGGACGAGCUCGUGGUGGUCGGAGAUCAAGUCGAUGCAGCCUGUCUGGUUGCUACAUUGAGGAAGAAAGCAUGUUAUGCCAUUUUGGAGUCUCUAGUGGAAGUGAAGGCUCCUCCUCCUCCUCCUCCAGCCGAUGACAAGCCUAAAGGCGGCGGUGAUACCAAGAAGGCCAAGGAUGGAGGAGGAGAUGGCAACAAGGCAAAGGAAAGUGAAGGUGGCAAUAAGAAUAAUGCCGAGAAAGUGAAUCAGCCGUCAUGUUGUGCAGCUCGAUGUCCGUCCAGUUACUAUCAUCAGCCACCGUACGAGGUGUAUAACGUUGUAUAUGAUUCCUACGGUCCGACCACCGGUUGCAUAAUCUUGUGAAAGGAAGAUUGGUUUUGUUAGCACUGGUUAUUGCUGUACGGGGUUCCUUCCCCCUUUCUGCC